AUGUUUGAAGAAGUAUACAAGCUUCACGGACUCCCUAAACAUAUCAUCAGUGACCGGGAUGUCCUAUUCACGAGCACAUUCUGGAGUCACCUGAAUAAAUUGAUUGGGACGCAGCUUCGAAUGUCGAGUGCUUAUCACCCACAAACGGAUGGAUCCACAGAGCGGGCAAACCACACAAUUACCCAGAUGUUAAGGCAGUGUAUAAAUGCAAAGCAGACUGAUUGGGUCUCUCGUUUACCAGCCAUCGAGUUUGCAAUCAAUUCAGCUCGAUCCGAGAGUACGGGACAUGCACCAUUCUUCCUCAAUACCGGGCGGAUGCUGCGGUCAAUGAUAUGGGAUUCUGCUCCAAAGGAAGAAUAUCCCUCUGUCCGUAACUUUGCCUUACAACGAAAGCUGGCUUUGAUGUCUGCACAUGACAGUAUUCUCGCGGCCCAAGUUAAGCAAACUCGUGAGUCUAAUAAGCGCCAAAGACUCGCUCCGUUUGUGCUCGACGACCUCGUGUACAUAUCUACUAAAAACAUCACAUUUCCGAAAGGUCUAGCACGGAAAUUAAUCCCAAAAUACAUGGGACCUUACAAGAUUGUCCGGGACUUUGGAAACCAGUCCUUUCAAGUGGAUCUUCCCUCUAACCUUAAGCAGAGGGGAGUACACAAUGUUUUUCAUGCUUCCUUACUUAGGAUUCAUGUUCCUAACGACGAUCGCCUCUUUCCGGGGCGCCAGGUCACUCAAAUUGUACCUGGCACCGAUUUGGAACGAGAAUGGGCUGUGGACAAGAUAUUGUCGCACUCAGGCUCUUGGAAUGACUCAAGUUUUGAGGUACAAUGGAAGGCAGGUGACAUUACCUGGCUCCCAUUUGGCCAAAUUGAACACCUCAAUGCGCUCAAGGACUAUCUUGACCUUCUGGGCGUCGACUCAAUCUCUAACCUCCCUCCCGGCUCUGGCCAACCUCCUCAAGAUUAUCCCCAAAUUUUCGUUUGA